AUGGGCCUGUAUAAACUGGCGAUGUUAGGCGACUCUGGCGUUGGAAAGACGUCCUUAUACGACCCGUCAAUCCUAGAAUCCUUCCUGGCGAAGGCGCUCGUCGACGACGAAUCGUGUGUUCUUGAGAUUCUGGAUACGGGCGGUCAAGAGGAUGACUUGUGUCUGGAAAUCCAGUCAUCCGAUGGCUUUGUCCUCGUCUAUGACACCAGCUCGCGGUCGUCGUUUUCACGUGUCAACAAAAUUGCCAAACAGAUCCAGCAUAUGGAGAAUUUUGCAUCACAAUCGGCAGACUUCCACGACCUGGUCACUUUGAUACUUGUUGGAAACAAAUGCGAUCUUGACCGCGAGGUGUCGUCCAAAGAAGGACAAAAGCUUGCUACGAAGUUAAACUGCGGGUUCAUCGAGACAUCAGCAAAGAGCGGUACGAACGUGGAGAAGGCAUUUAUUAGCAUCACCCGUACUCUCAAGACAAAGAAGGACAUUCAGACGACAGCGGUCGAGGGUGGCUUGCUACCCAAGUUCAUAACGGUGCUUCUGGGACCCUUUUACUCAUGUUUCGGUUUCUAA